AUGGCUCUCAAUAACUUUCUCCCAAUAUUUCUCAGCAAUGGUCUCGUUGCUAUUGUGUCCGGGUUGUUCAGAAAUCUGCUAGUUGAUACCAUGAGUCUUGGGCCUGUGUCCCCCUUUGACGCCACUGCAUGCUUUCUUGCCAUUGGCAUGGCAGUUAUACCAUCAUCGUGGGGUGAGAACUAUGGUGACCCUUCAGAGAACAAGGACUUGCUUACCCAGUUCAACGGUGCUGCUGUGGCCAUUGCUUCAGGUAGAGACCUAUUUAAGAUCUCAAAUACUUUCACAGCCCAUAAAAUACUCCUGGAGUAG